GGACUGGACAGAGUUGCUGGUAGUGGUUGUGCUCUUGUAAAAUGGACCAGGAAUACGAGAGAAGGCUGCUGAGGCAAAUCAACCAUCAGAACCUACCAGAGGGCCAGCUGACUAAGUCUGGAGGUGCGACCUGCAGUCCUCUCAGUGUCAAGUCUGGGGACCGAUUCAUUCCUACCCGCGCUGGAAGCAACUGGAGUAUCAACUUCCACUAUGCCAAUGAGAACUGUCAAUCUCCCAACCAGAACCACAGGUCCAAGGAUGCUGGGUCAGACACAGGGAAAGACACUGUGGCAUAUGCUGCCCUGCUGAGGAACGAGUUGCUGGGAGCGGGUAUAGAGAGCGUUCCAGACCCCCACACUGACGACUGCCGCCACACCGUCCUCUCCCAGGACACACACAGCCUCUUCAGGUACACAGUCCACACUAAGAGAGUGCCUUUCGACAGUGGCAAUGAAGUCUCGCCAUACUCUCUAUCCCCACUCAGCAACAAGAGUCACAAGCUCCUGCGUUCCCCUCGGAAGCCAGCCCGUAAGAUCUCCAAGAUCCCCUUCAAAGUGCUGGAUGCCCCUGAGCUGCAGGAUGACUUCUACCUCAACCUGGUAGACUGGUCCGCUGGCAACCUGCUGUCUGUGGGCCUGGGGGCCUGUGUGUACCUGUGGAGCGCCUGCACCAGCCAGGUGACAAGACUAUGUGACCUGUCAGUGGAUGGGGACUCUGUGACGUCAGUGUGUUGGAACGAAAGGGGGAGCCUAGUUGCCGUGGGAACCCAUAAGGGCUACGUUCAGAUCUGGGACGCAGCUGGAGGGAGAAAGCUCACCAGUCUGGAAGGCCACUCGGCCCGCGUCGGAGCACUGGCGUGGAACGGAGAACAGCUGUCUUCAGGCAGUAGGGACCGUGUGAUCCUCCAGAGGGAUGUCCGCACCCCUCCGUCCGCUGAGAGGAGGCUCCAGGGCCACAGGCAGGAGGUGUGUGGCCUCAAGUGGUCCCCCGACCACCAGCACCUGGCCUCCGGGGGCAACGACAACAAGCUGCUGGUGUGGAACAGCUCCAGCCUGCUCCCGUUGCAGCAGUACAGUGACCACCUGGCUGCAGUGAAGGCCAUAGCCUGGUCACCCCACCAGCACGGGCUGCUGGUGUCCGGAGGGGGCACGGCGGACCGCUGCCUGCGCUUCUGGAACACCUUGACAGGCCAGGCCUUGCAGAGCACUGACACAGGCUCCCAGGUCUGCAACCUGGCCUGGUCCAAGCACGCCAAUGAGCUGGUGAGCACCCAUGGCUACUCUCAGAACCAGAUCCUGGUGUGGAAGUACCCCUCUCUUAACCAGGUGGCCAAGCUGACGGGACACUCCUACAGAGUGUUAUACCUGGCUGUGUCACCAGACGGAGAGGCCAUUGUGACGGGGGCGGGAGACGAGACUCUACGUUUCUGGAACGUUUUCAGUAAGACGCGCUGCACCAAGGAGUCCAAGUCGGUGUUGAAUCUCUUUACCAGGAUACGAUAGUGAAAUGGGAGGAGGACUGAAGUGUGUGUGUGUGUGGGGGGG